CUCCAAAUCCCCUUCGCAUUCGAUCCCCUCCCCUCGCCGCCGUCUCCUCCACCUCCGCCGCUCGCCGCCCGAUCCCCUCCCAUCCCCUCCGCCCCGCCGCCCCGCACCUAGAUAUGCCGUCGUCGUCGUCGGCGGCGGCGGCGGCGUGCGGGCCCCCGGAGUUCACGCCGGGGUGGAAGACGGUGUCGACGUGCGCCCCGGACGUCGUCGGCGAGGGCGUCCACGUGUUCGACAUCUUCGGGUACAGCGACCACAAGGGGAUGGGCGCCCACGAGCCCAUCAGGUCGGGGGCCUUCUCCGUCGCCGGCCUCGACUGGGUCGCCUGCCUCUACGCCGACGGCUACGGCGUCGCCGGCAUCGACGACGUCUCCGCCUACCUCAGGCUCCUCGGCGACGCGCCCACCCCGCGCGUGUGGGUCUCCUGCGAGGUCAAGCUCGUCGACCAGCGCACCGGGGUGGCCUCCACGCCGCAGCCCUUCCUCAGGUACGCCCUGGCGUUCGGCGACAAGUGCAAGGCCCUCCACUGUAUGAUGAUCCCCAGGGGCCAGAUCGAGGUGGAGCCCUACCUCGUGGAUGAUCGCCUCACCAUGGAGUUCCAUGUCGUCGUCAGGAGAGACCCCCGGGUGUCGAGGACCGCCCGGUUCCCGCGCAUCUUGGUGCCGCCGCCCGACAUCAAGCGGCAGUUUGCCAACCUGCUGCAGAGCAAGGAGGGCGCAGAUGUCACCUUCGAUGUCGCGGGGGAGCCGUUCUCCGUGCACAAGCUCGUGCUCGCGAUGCGGUCGCCAGUGUUCAAGGCGGAGCUCUGCGGGCUGCUGAGGGAGCCGGGAACACAGCCUAUUACCAUCGUUGAUAUGCAGCCCGCCGUCUUCAGGGCCCUGCUGCAAUUCAUCUAUACCGAUCAGUUCCCCGUGACGCGCGGUUUCGAGAGACGCGACAAUUGUGAAAUGAUCCGGCACCUGCUCGUUGCUGCGGACAGAUACGCCGUGGAUAGGCUAAAGCUGCUAUGCCAAGGUAUCCUUUGCAAGAAUCUUAAUGUUCACAAUGUCGCGACUACGCUGGCACUGGCUGAUCAGCAUCAAUGCGACAAGCUGAAGGAUGCUUGCAUCGAAUUUAUGUCAUGUUCAAAGAAGAUGAAGGGUGUAGUGGCGAGCAAAGGGUAUGAGGAUCUCCAAAGAAUGGCACCUUCUGUCUUGGCGGAUGCCGUGGCGCAGAUGUCGAAGCUCAACAAAAUGUCAAGGGGUAGUGUUCCACAAGAUGAGUCUAAGAGCUGUUAGCUUAAUUUAUAAGGGAUAUGGGUAUUCUUUCUUCUCUUCCUAAAUCAGGUACCGUAGUCAGUUUACUCUUUACAUUUUGGGAGCACCUUUGUGGUGCUUAUCUGUUUAUAUGAUAGAUAGGUUUAUUUUAUCUCUUUGCAAGCUUUGUUUCCAUUAACUGACAUAUAACCUGUUGUCCUUCCGCAAAAUUUAUUUUGUGCGCCCUUGAUCAAAAUUUGGAUACUGAAGAUAAUCCUACAUUAACAUAACUCUGAUGGCCUGCUCCGUUGCAAUGGAACAGCAUCAACAUAACAAAAUCGCGGUGUUGAGGGAGCAUAGUGGCAUCAAUAGCAAUAACAUUGACUUAGUUUAGUAUUGUCGGUGACUAUUGUGGUUCCUUGAAAAUUAACUUGCCAGGAAUUGUAUUUGGCAAGAGUUUGUAUGUUUUGACUACAACCUCAUAUUUAUUUUUCCUAAUCCAUGUUUUAGAAACCUAAAUGAACUUCCAGUAGGACCAGGGGCGGAUCCAGGAACAAAAAAUUGGAGGGGACUCAAUUACACAGUUUCUUCAAUCUCCAGCCAUUUAGGGACCUUUAAUUUAUCAUUUAUGGUGAAAAAAUUGAAGGAGGUGCUCCGGGGGUAUCCAUGGGUCUUAUGGGUGUAUGGGGGACUCGAGUCCCCCUGCACCCACGUUGGAUCCGCCCCUGAGUAGGACUGAGUGCUUCUCUUUGAUCAACCAGAGCAGCAUGUUUUUAUUUUUCUCAUGUCCCUGAAUCAGGGGCCCUGACCAUAGCCAAUUUGCGAUUUGAGCCAAUUUGUCAUGGAACCAAAAAGAGGGCAUCAAGAUGCAAUAGUAUAUCAGCGUGACGUUGUGCUCAGUUUGUACUGAUAAUAGUAGGAAGCACUAUAUUUCUGGAGGCAGGACGUUGUGCUCAGUUUGUACUGAUAAUUAUAGUACUAUGUCAAAUUAAUUUUUUAUAACAAAAUAGUAUAUCAAGAUGCAAUAGUAUAUCAAGAUGCAAUAGUAGGAAGCACUAUAUUUCUGGAGGCAGGACGUUGUGCUCAGUUUGUACUGAUAAUUAUAGUACUAUGUCAAAUUAAUUUUUUUUUGUUGUAAUAUAUGAUUAGAAUGGAGGAAGUGUUUGUCAGGUGGUUCUGUGAUUGACAGUA